AUGCCGCCAAAAUACAAGUCUGAAGAAGAUCGUCGCAAUGCUAGAUUGAAAAGCAAGCGAGCUCACUAUGCAAGAAACAAGACCACAGAGCAGGCGAAGUCACGAACUCGUUGGCGAAAACACUCUCAAAUGAGUGAAUCCAUUGUCGUCAAGUUUCAAGACCUUGAUAUACUGUACAUGGAGCUAGGCUACAGAGCAGGAGUUCCCGAGCACAAUACCUUCAUGAAACGGUUUCUUACAAUACUUCAACGCGUUGACACAGAAGGAUGGGAUGUAAUAUCCCCCGAGCUCGAAGAUGCAUAUACUUAUGUGCACAAUUUGCACCAGCGCAUUACCAACCUGGCAGAGAGUGUACGGCUAUGUGCACCAGGGAUUGGGCAUGAUGCUCUAUCACAGCAGUGUGAGCAACUGCUCCAUUUGACAACACGACGGCUUGCUGCAGAAAGGGAGUUUUUUGCACUGGUAGAUCAGGGCGGUACUGAAGCAUAUGAUGAUGCUAUAUCAGCAGGUUCACUUAGCUGGCAAACACCUUCCGAAUGA